AUGAUUUCGGACCCAGAGCCCCAAUUUUCUAAGGCUAUCACAACAAGGAGUGGACGUACACUUGUGGAUCCACCAGAGAAAGGUAAUAAAGCCCAAGCCGUGAUAGAAGAAGAGGAGGACGUUGAGUAUUCUAAAAGGGUACUUGAGAAGGACCUUGCCACAUCUAAGGUUGAGACACAAGCAUCUCCAACGUCUGAACCCCCAAAAGGUAAUGUUCCUAACUUUCAAAGUUCAGUUAUUGCUAAUCCAUCGUCCUAUAUUCCAUUUCCAAACAGAUUUGCAAAAUCAAAGAAGGAGGAGGAGGAAAAACCAAUUUUGGAGAUUUUCAAGAAGGUACAAGUCAACAUACCUUUGAUUGAGUGUCUUACUCAAAUCCCUAAGUACGCUAAGUACUUGAAGGAGCUUUGCACCACUAGGAGACGUACACGUGAGAAAAAGGUAGUAAAAAUGUCUGAAAACGUCUUAGCUGUGAUUCAGAGAAAGCUUCCACCUAAGCUUAAAGACCCAGGAAGUUUUUCUAUCCCUUGCACUAUUGGUAACACUAAUUUCGAAAAUGUGAUGCUAGAUCUAAGAGCUUCUAUAAAUGUUAUGCCUUAUAGUAUUUAUGAAUCUCUAGACCUAGGCGAGCUUAAAAAUGAUAAUGUGAUUAUCCAAUUAGCUGACAGAUCUAAUGCUUAUCUGAAAGGGUAUGUUGAGGAUGUCCUUGUGUAG